GAGAGGAGAGGAGAGGAGAUAGCAAGAGGGUACCAUUUCUUCAAGCACAGAGAGAGAUUCCUGCCUGUUUGCUGUAUGCAUCAUUUUAUAUCAGCAGGGAAAUAGGGAGGACUUAAAAUUAAACACGGAUUAACCCUAUUUUAUCAUAUUUAAAAGUUUAUAUUUCCCUCUGUUUGAUGCUUUUGUACGAACACUGGUGAUACAAAGCAGGUGAGACCGAGGCGGCCGCUCCUUGAGGAUUCGGGUGGAAAUGUCGAGCGAGAAGCCGGUUUCAGCACCGGGUUCCGGCUCGCUCUCGGACCGAGAAGCUCCCCCGGGUCCUGGGCAGCAAGUCGUUACAGGUUCUGCUUCAGGGGAGAUAAUGGUGUCUGGAUCCGGCUCCAUGGUUCUCCCCGCCGGGGUGAUCAACCCCUCGGUUCCGAUCCGGAAUAUCAAGAUGAAAUUCGCCGUCCUUAUUGGUCUAAUACAGGUCGGAGAGGUUAGCAACAGAGACAUCGUCGAAACAGUCCUAAAUCUGCUGGUGGGUGGCGAGUUUGACCUGGAGAUGAACUUCAUCAUCCAGGACGCGGAGAGCAUCGGCUGCAUGGUGGAGCUGCUGGAGCACUGCGAGGUGACGUGCCAGGCCGAGAUCUGGAGCAUGUUCACCGCCAUCCUGCGCAAGAGCGUGCGCAACCUGCAGACCAGCACCGAGGUGGGCCUCAUCCAGCAGGUGCUCAACAAGAUGAGCUCUGUCGACGACAUGAUCGCAGACUUAUUAGUGGACAUGCUGGGUGUGCUGGCCAGCUACAGCAUCACUGUAAAGGAGCUGAAGUAUCUCUUCAGUAUGCUUAGAGGAGACAAUGGAAUGUGGCCCAGGCACGCCAUCAAGCUGCUGUCAGUGUUGAAUCAGAUGCCCCAGAGACAUGGCCCAGAUACCUUCUUCAACUUCCCUGGACGCAGCGCAGCGGCUAUCGCCUUGCCCCCUAUUGCUAAGUGGCCUUAUCAGAAUGGCUUCACUCUCAACACCUGGUUCCGCAUGGAUCCACUUAAUAACAUCAACGUAGACAAGGACAAGCCGUACCUCUACUGUUUCCGGACGAGCAAAGGGAUCGGCUACUCGGCACAUUUUGUGGGCAACUGCUUGAUUGUGACAUCACUGAAGUCCAAGGGCAAAGGCUUCCAGCACUGUGUCAAGUAUGACUUCCAACCCCGGAAGUGGUACAUGAUCAGCAUCGUCCACAUCUACAACCGCUGGAGGAACAGCGAGAUCCGCUGCUACGUCAAUGGCCAGCUCGUUUCCUACGGUGACAUGGCCUGGCAUGUCAACACUAACGAUAGCUAUGACAAAUGCUUUCUGGGAUCAUCGGAGACGGCCGACGCUAACCGGGUUUUCUGCGGCCAACUGGGGGCCGUGUACGUGUUCAGCGAGGCGCUCAACCCGGCGCAGAUCUUCGCCAUCCACCAGCUGGGGCCUGGCUAUAAGAGCACGUUCAAGUUUAAAUCCGAGAGUGACAUCCACCUGGCGGAGCACCACAAGCAGGUGCUGUACGACGGCAAGCUGGCCAGCAGCAUCUCCUUCACCUACAACGCCAAGGCCACCGACGCCCAGCUGUGCCUGGAGUCCUCGCCCCGGGAGAACCCCUCCAUCUUCGUGCACUCGCCCCACGCCCUCAUGCUGCAGGACGUGAAAGCCAUAGUCACCCACUCCAUCCACAGUGCCAUCCACUCCAUCGGAGGAAUCCAGGUGCUCUUUCCACUCUUCUCCCAGCUGGACUACAGGCAGCCCAACGAUAACCCUGUGGAGACAACCGUUUGUGCUACUCUCCUGACCUUCCUGGUGGAGCUGCUGAAGAGCUCCGUGGCCAUGCAGGAGCAGAUGCUGGGGGGGAAGGGCUUCCUGGUGAUCGGCUACCUGCUGGAGAAGUCGUCACGGGUGCACAUCACCAGGGCGGUGCUGGAGCAGUUCCUGUCCUUCGCCAAGUACCUAGACGGCCUGGCCCACGGCGCUCCGCUGCUGAAGCAGCUGUGUGACCACGUCCUGUUCAACGCCGCCAUCUGGAUCCACACGCCCGCCAAGGUGCAGUUGUCGCUCUACACAUACCUGUCGGCGGAGUUCAUCGGCACGGCGACCAUCUACACCACCAUCCGGCGUGUGGGCACGGUGCUGCAGCUCAUGCACACGCUCAAGUACUACUACUGGGCCAGCAACCCGCAGCAGAGCAGCGCCAUCAACCCCAAAGGCCUGGAUGGACCCCGGCCCACUCAGAAAGAGGUGAUCUCCCUCCGUGCAUUCAUGCUUCUCUUCCUCAAGCAGCUCAUCCUCAAGGACCGAGGUGUGAAGGAGGAUGAACUGCAGAGUAUUUUAAAUUACCUGUUGACAAUGCAUGAGGAUGAGAACAUCCAUGACGUCCUGCAGCUCCUUGUGGCCCUGAUGUCGGAGCAUCCUGCCUCCAUGAUCCCCGCCUUCGACCAGAGGAACGGAAUACGGGUUGUCUACAAACUACUGGCGUCCAAGAGUGAGAGUAUUCGAGUGCAAGCGCUCAAAGUGCUUGGCUACUUCCUAAAGCACCUUGGCCACAAGAGGAAGGUGGAGAUCAUGCACACACACAGCCUCUUCACGCUGCUGGGGGAGCGGCUGAUGAUGCACACCAACACCGUCUCCGUCACCACCUACAACACCCUCUAUGAGAUUCUCACGGAGCAGGUCUGCACUCAGGUGGUCCACAAGCCCCAUCCGGAGCCAGACUCCAGUGUCAAGAUACAAAACCCGAUGAUUCUGAAGGUGGUGGCCACACUGCUGAAGAAUUCCACCCCGAGCGCAGACCUAAUGGAGGUGCGGCGUCUCUUCCUGUCCGACAUGAUCAAGCUGUUCAGCAACAGCAGAGAGAACAGACGGUGUCUGCUGCAGUGUUCGGUGUGGCAGGACUGGAUGUUCUCGCUGGGCUACAUCAACCCCAAGAACCCUGAGGAGCAGAAGAUCACCGAGAUGGUCUACAACAUCUUCCGCAUCCUGCUCUACCACGCCAUCAAGUACGAGUGGGGCGGCUGGCGCGUGUGGGUGGACACCCUCUCCAUCGCCCACUCCAAGGUGACUUAUGAGGCCCACAAGGAGUACUUGGCUAAGAUGUAUGAGGAGUACCAGCGUCAGGAGGAGGAGAACAUCAAGAAAGGCAAGAAGGGCUCGGUGAGCACCAUCUCGGGCCUGUCAGCCACGCCCGCCGCCACUGUCAACGGCACCAUGGAGAUCCGUGAGCUGGACGACACGUCGCAGACGCAGACGCCUGAGAGCGAGGCCGACUACAGCGAGAACGCCGACUCGUCCCGCAACCUGCUGGCCGAGUGCAAGGGGGUCGAGGGUCCGGCGGGAGGGGAGGCGACGACCGCAGCGGUGGCGGCGGUUGGGGCUGUAGCAGGCCCUGCUGGCGUACGGGUGGAGGUGCACGACCUGCUGGUGGACAUCAAGGCGGAGAAGGUGGAGGCCACGGAGGUGAAGCUGGACGACCUGGACCUCUCUCCGGAGGUGCUGGGCGUCAGUGGCGGCAUGAGUGGAGGAGGCAACGGCGGGGUCAAUGUUGGGGUCAGCGCGAUGGAGAACGGGCCUCUCGUGGAGGUCGACUCCCUGCUGGACUCCACCUACUGCACCAGCAUACACAAGCUCAAUGGCAGCCUGGCGCCCAAGGAGCACAAGCUGGCCGGCAUCCACGCAGGCAGCAACAGCCUGGACGACGGCUCCAACCUGGGGCCGCUCAUCACGCUGGCCGACGAGAAGGACAUGCCCAGCGUGCCCAGCAACAACGGCUUCCUCUUCCCCAAGAGUGACGAGAAGCUGCUGCCCUCGUUGGCAUCGCCGAGCCCCACCACCGAGCCCCUGGUGCUGCCCCCAGUGGUGGGCACUGACCAGGCGUCCAGCGCCAGCGAUGACCUCAGCCUGCUGGCGCACAUGACCACUUGCGGCUCGGACCUGGGCCAGGCGACGUCGACGGCAGCGGUGCCAACAGCAACGACGCCCGGGGGAGCGGCCGGCGGGCUGCCCGAGGACGGACAGUUCAAGCUCCAGAACUCGCUGGUGGACAUCAGCACGCUGGCGGAGGCAGAGGCCCGGGCCUCGGCGCGAGCCCUGGAGAGUGGAGAGGGGGCAGAAGGCGCCUCGGCGGCGGCAGGCCUGGAGGGAGACGCGGCGGCCGCAAAGGCGGCCGGAGACGCCGCUAGCACCACCUCGGACACGGAGAGGUCGGACGACGGCAAGGACAAGGAGAUGAAGAAGAUCCAGACCACGGCCACAACUCAGGCCAUGCAUGGGCGCACGGCCAGUCAGAUGGAGAGGGACCUGCGGGUGGACCUGGGCUUCCGUGGGAUGCCCAUGACGGAGGAGCAGCGGCGGCAGUUCAGCCCGGGCCCGCGCACCACCAUGUUCCGCAUCCCCGAGUUCAAGUGGUCACCCAUGCACCAGAGGCUGCUGACCGACCUGCUCUUUGCCCUGGAGACAGACGUGCACGCCUGGAGGAGCCAUUCCACCAAAUCCGUCAUGGACUUUGUGAACAGCAAUGAGAACAUCAUUUUUGUACACAACACUAUCCACUUGAUCUCUCAGAUGGUGGAUAACAUUAUCAUCGCCUGCGGGGGCAUCCUGCCUCUGCUCUCUGCAGCCACGUCGCCCUCUAGUUCUAAGGUUAGUGCGAACGCUAAGGAGUCAGGCUCCUCAAAGGGAGCUAAGGGUGGCGAGGUGACCCCAGUGCCAGGGGGCACAGGUCCAAAGGGAGAGACGGAGCUGGAGAACGUGGAGGCCACGCAGGGCAUGUCUUCAGAGACGGCCGUCACCUUCCUGACCCGUCUGAUGGCUAUGGUGGACGUGCUGGUGUUCGCCAGCUCCCUCAACUUCAGCGAGAUCGAGGCUGAGAAGAACAUGUCCUCCGGUGGUCUGAUGAGACAGUGCCUCAGGCUGGUGUGCUGUGUAGCGGUCAGAAAUUGCCUGGACUGCAGACAGAGGCAGAGAGAUCGCGGCAGCAAGACCUCUCUGCCCAUCAGCAAGACCCAGGAGAGCCUGCAGAGCGCAGCCUCAGCCAGCAAGGAUCCCGACCGCCUGCUGCAGGACGUGGACAUCAACCGCUUGAGAGCCGUUGUCUUCCGAGACGUAGAUGACAGUAAACAGGCCCAGUUCCUGGCUCUGGCCGUGGUUUACUUCAUCUCGGUGCUGAUGGUAUCCAAGUACCGGGACAUCCUGGAGCCGCAGCGGGAGAUUGGCAGGUCCAGCAGCUUAUCGGGCAGGAGCAUCCGGCAAGAGAUCAAUUCGCCUACCAGCACAGAUGGGGGACUGAGGGAGCGCCACACCCCUCUGGACGAGCUCCCUGUGGAGGGGUCCAUCCCUCACACCGACUCCGGCAUCGGGGAUGACCAUGUCUCCGGUGCCCUCAACGGCACAGACCUGGGCGGAGACCAAGGCAUCGGUGGCCUGGUUGGUGGCAUGGGUGGCGGUGUCAGCAGCAUCAUGGGCGGCGGGCCGGACGUCAUGAGCGAGCUGCUGGGCACCCUCUCCUCAGAGGUGCACAAGUCCCGCGAGAGCCUGCUGGAGUCGCCGCCGUCGGUCAGCUCCUCGUCUGUGGAGGUGAUCAAGCCAGCCUCAUCCAUCUCCAGCAUCAGCCAGUCCAACAAGGGCAUCAACGUCAGGGAGAUCCUCAAGAGCCUGGUGGCUGCGCCUGUGGAGGGGGCUGAGGCCGGACCGGAGCCCCAGGCCUACCACCCCGACCCGGCCCUCAAGAGCCAGGCCCAGGCCAUGCUCCCCAUGCAGUUCCACUCCUUCGACAGGAGUGUGGUGGUCCCGGUGAAGAAGCCUCCUCCUGGCAGCCUGGCUGUGAACACGGUGGGCACGCCCACCACCAGCGGUGCCGCCACUCCCGGCAGCACGCCCAACAUCUUCGCCGCUGCCACGGCCACGCCUAAAAGCAUGAUCAACACGACAGGUGCCACAGACUCUGCCUCCUCCUCCUCCUCCUCUUCCUCCAGCUUUGUGAACGGGGCCACCAGUAAAAACCUGCCGGCGGUCCAGACCGUGGCCCCCAUGCCUGAGGACACAGUGGAGAACAUGAGUGCCUUUUGCGAGGUGGAUCAGUGUCCACUCCGAACCGGGCUGACCCAACCAGAACUCAAAUCCCUUAGCUCCCUGGCAGGAUUCCAGGCAGCCCCCAGAGAUGCAGGACAGUUCCUUAGCAUCACCACCAAGCUGGAGCGGGCGCUGGAGAAGGUGGCGCCGCUGCUGCGCGAGAUCUUCGUGGACUUUGCACCCUUCCUGUCCCGCACCCUUCUGGGCAGCCAUGGGCAGGAGUUGCUCAUAGAAGGUACAGGUCUGGUGUGUAUGAAGUCCAGCACAUCCGUAGUGGAGCUGGUCAUGCUGCUCUGCUCACAGGAGUGGCAGAACUCAAUACAGAAGAAUGCUGGUCUGGCCUUCAUCGAGCUCAUCAACGAAGGAAGGCUGCUGUGUCAUGCCAUGAAGGACCACAUUGUGCGGGUGGCCAACGAGGCGGAGUUCAUACUGAACCGUCAGAGAGCAGAGGAUGUCCACAAGCAUGCCGAGUUUGAGUCCAACUGUGCCCAGUAUGCGGCAGACAGGAGGGAGGAGGAGAAGAUGUGUGAUCACCUGAUCAGCGCUGCCAAGCACAGGGAUCACGUGACGGCCAAUCAGCUCAAGCAGAAGAUCCUCAACAUUCUCACCAACAAGCAUGGAGCCUGGGGCACUAUGUCUCAGAGCGUACUCCAUGAUUUCUGGCGUCUGGACUACUGGGAGGAUGACUUGCGGAGGAGGCGGAGAUUUGUACGGAAUGCGUUUGGCUCCACCCACCCUGAUGUCCCCCUCAAGGAUUUGGCAGAAUAUGGCACCGACGAGGAAGAGGGCGAGAAAUCCAAGAAGGCAUUCCGCAGCCAGUCGGUGGUGGCGCAGAACCCCGAGACGGAGCUCAUGUUGGAGGGAGACGACGACGCUGUGAGCCUGCUGCAGGAGAAGGAGAUCGACAACCUCGCAGGCCCCGUGGUGUUGAGCACACCUGCCCAGCUCGUGGCUCCGGUGGUGGUGGCUCGUGGAACUCUCUCCAUCACCACCACUGAGAUCUACUUUGAGGUGGACGAGGAUGACUCCGCAUUUAAAAAGAUUGAUGCAAAAGUGCUGGCCUACUCCGAGGGUCUCCAUGGGAAGUGGAUGUUCAGUGAAAUCCGGGCUGUCUUCUCCAGACGUUACUUGCUCCAGAACACCGGCCUGGAGGUCUUCAUGGCCAACAGAACUUCCGUCAUGUUCAACUUCCCUGAUCAGGCAACAGUGAAGAAAGUGGUGUACAGUUUGCCACGCGUGGGAGUUGGCACCAGCUAUGGCUUGCCUCAGGCAAGGCGGAUCUCUCUGGCCACUCCACGGCAGCUCUUCAAGUCUUCCAACAUGACGCAGCGAUGGCAGAGGAGGGAGAUCUCCAACUUUGAGUACCUUAUGUUCCUCAACACCAUCGCAGGGAGGACGUACAAUGACUUGAACCAGUAUCCCGUGUUCCCCUGGGUGCUCACCAACUACGAGUCCGAGGAGCUGGACCUCACCCUCCCCGGGAACUUCAGAGAUCUCUCAAAGCCAAUCGGAGCCCUGAAUCCAAAGCGUGCGGCGUUCUACGCAGAACGCUACGAGAACUGGGAUGAAGACGGAACGUCCCCUCACCAUUACGACCUGCUCUACUCCACGUCCGCCGGCACGCUCUCCUGGCUCGUUAGGAUAGAACCCUUUACCACCUUCUUCCUCAGUGGCAAUGACAAGAAGUUUGACCACGCUGACCGCACCUUCUCUGGCAUUGCACGCUCUUGGAGGAACUGUCAGCGAGACACCUCUGAUGUGAAGGAGCUGAUCCCUGAGUUCUACUACCUCCCAGAGAUGUUCGUCAACAGCAAUGGCUACAGCCUGGGCAUGAGGGACGACAGGGUGAUGGUGUGUGACGUGGAUCUGCCCGCAUGGGCUAAGAAGCCCGAAGACUUUGUCCGAAUCAACAGGAUGGCUCUGGAGAGUGAGUUUGUGUCCUGUCAGCUGCACCAGUGGAUUGACCUCAUCUUCGGUUACAAACAGCGUGGCCCAGAGGCCGUUCGUGGCCUCAACGUGUUCCACUACCUGUCCUACGAGGGGUCAGUGAGCCCCGACACCAUUACUGACCCACUGCUCAGAGAGACCAUGGAGGUUCAGAUCCAGACCUUUGGCCAGGUGCCGUCUCAGCUGCUCAUCGAGCCCCACCCACCACGCAGCUCCGCCAUGCACCUGUGUUUCCUUCCCCAGAGUCCGCUGAUGUUCAAGGACCAGAUGCAGCAGGACGUCAUCAUGGUGCUCAAGUUCCCGUCCAACUCGCCGGUCACGCACGUGGCCGCCAACACGCUGCCGCACCUCAGCAUCCCCGCCGCCGUCACCGUCACCUGCAGCCGCCUGUUCGCCGUCAACCGCUGGCACAACACAGUCGGACUACGAGGAGCUCCAGGAUACUCUUUAGAACAGGCUCAUCAUCUUCCCAUUGAGAUGGACCCCCUGAUUGCAAACAACUCUGGGAUAAACAAGAGGCAGAUCACAGACCUGGUGGACCAGAGUAUCCAGAUCAACACGCACUGCUUCGUGGUGACCGCUGAUAAUCGCUACAUCCUGGUGUGUGGCUUCUGGGACAAGAGCUUCCGAGUUUACUCCACAGAAACCGGCAAACUCACCCAGAUCGUGUUUGGCCACUGGGAUGUGGUCACCUGCUUGGCCCGCUCCGAGUCCUACAUCGGCGGGGACUGUUACAUUGUGUCGGGCUCCAGGGACGCCACUCUGCUGCUCUGGUACUGGAGUGGUCGGCACCAUAUCAUCGGAGACAACCCCAACAACAUUGUUUGUGCUGAUGUGUUUGUAGGUGACUACCCGGCCCCUCGCGCCGUCCUCACGGGUCAUGACCACGAGGUGGUGUGUGUGUCCGUCUGUGCUGAGCUGGGUCUCGUCAUCAGCGGAGCUAAAGAGGGGCCGUGUCUGGUGCACACCAUCACAGGGGACCUGCUUCGGGCCCUAGAGGGCCCAGAGAACUGCCUGCGGCCACGUCUCAUCUCCGUGUCCAGUGAGGGCCACUGCAUCAUUUACUAUGACAGGGGUCAGUUCUGCAACUUCAGCAUCAAUGGCAAGCUGCUGGCCCAGAUGGACAUCAACGACUCCACACGGGCCAUCCUGCUGAGCAGUGACGGUCAGAACCUAGUGACCGGAGGUGAUAACGGCGUGGUGGAGGUGUGGCAGGCCUGUGAUUUUAAGCAGCUCUACAUCUAUCCUGGCUGUGAUGCCGGAAUUAGGGCUAUGGACUUGUCCCAUGACCAGAGGACUCUGAUCACUGGCAUGGCGUCCGGGAGUAUCGUAGCGUUCAACAUUGAUUUCAACCGGUGGCACUACGAGCACCAGAACAGGUACUGACGUCAGCGAGGAGGAGGAGGAGGAGGAGGAGCGGGCAGGAAGAGCAGACUGGAGGAGGUGAACGAAUGGCACGCGCUGGGCCCCAUCUCAGCAGCCUGGGAGCCAAUCAGAGGGACUGUGAGUGACAUUUGUAAGCCCCCCCACCCCUCUAAGCACUGAGCGGUUGGGGUGGGGGGGGGGGUCGAUCAAAAAAAUAUAAUAAAAAGAAAAACUGUGACUUCUCUACACGUUAAACACACCUGAGCCCCAGUGGUGAUGGGGAGGGUCCCACUCAUAUCAGGAUUAACCCCGCUGUCCCCACCCCCCACCCCCCCAAACUGUGAAAACGAACACAAACAAGUUCAGCGACGAGCAUCACAGAAUACACUGCAUACAGCAAGCUGAAGUCGAGGGCCAGUCGCGCUCUCCCUCUGGCCCAGCACCCUCGGUGGGAAAGGGAUGCUUUUAAACCCGCGGCACGGCGACAAGAAAUAUACGGUGAAAAAAAUACAACGAAAGAAUCAUGUCUGUCGGUUGCCGUGGUUUCCGAUUUUUUUAUUUUUUUUUUGUGGCGGGUUGGGUUGUCGGAGGAAUGAGAGAAGUGCAAAUGAACAAACAGACAAAGGAAAGCAAACCAAACAAAAAAAAAAGAAUUAACUGAUCAACCGCUCCCUCCCACUGCAAUUCUGUAAUUGCUUACAAUGGGGAGGAAGCUACAGAAUCUUAAUAUCCACCUCUCUCCCCAUGAUGGAUGACACAUCACCUUUAAUUUAUUAACUUGCUGUAUGUACAUUAAUGUGUAAUAAUGAUAAUAAUAAAUGACCAUGAUGUAAUAUGAGAGCUGCCAAAAAAAGAGAAGGGGAGGAAAUGCAUUACCUGAAAUCUAGACUGACUUUCCUCUUUGUAUAUUUGGUAACUGUAUUGUCAUAUAUGUAUAUAUUGUGUUGGUUAGGAGAGCAAGGCAUGCGAGGUGGGCUUGGGGGGAAAGGAAGGAAGGUUACCCUCUCUCUCUCACACACACACACACACACACACACACACACACACACACACACAUACUACACACUACACGAGGAUAUUUGUUGAUUAUUUAAGAGAAACUAAUCUAUGUAAGAAUUUUUUUUAUAUGUUUUUUUUUUUUUUUUUUUUGUUGCCACCCCACACCAAUGACACAUCUAUUAUUUAUUAGUGUUCUGAUUUCUGCUUCUCUGCCUUGUCUCUGGGGGCUGUCCUGUCGAGGACGGGGUCGUGCAUCGAUGUUUGUAUUUAAAAUGAUAUUGAAAACCAUGUAAUGAUCGAUUUCAACAGCCACACACACUACUGUAAGCAAUAUCAUGACUUUGUAGCUUUGAAAAUGUACCCUGGGUGAUCGCCGACAAACCUGUGGAAAGAUGGAUCAGACAAGAAGAUGAGCAACAGGCUUUUGGGUAACACACCGAUACACACACACACACACACACACACACACACACACACACAUGCACAUGCACAUGAGCAUACGUAUAGAACAGUUUGACAUCCAAAAAAAAUAAGAAAAAGAAAAGAAAAUAUUUUUGGAUUUACAGUAUGAAACCUAAUGCUAUUGUAUCCAUGUUUUAUUGCAGAAAUGUAAAUUAUGACAUAAGUUAAAAAAGAAGGAAAGAAAAGAAAUAAAUUAUGCAAAGAACGUGUGAGAACUUGCCUUUUCAUUGGCCAUACGUUUGCAUAUGAUUUGAACUGAGCAACAGAGUUGCAUGCCAGACAAGUGAUUUUGUCAGUACUGUAUAUUUGAUUUCAUUUAUACGGUUUUAGAAUUCUAUUUUUAUUCAUUUGUUCUUUUUGUUUCUCUACCAAAAUGGACAACAUCACCUGAGUCCCCAUCAAAAUAUCUUGUUUUGUUUUCAUGUGCUGCUUUUCACGUUCCUCACUUGUUGAGAACACUGUUAAUUCCCUGAUUACUUUCGAUUACCUCCUGUUUUGUUGAAAAUGACGAGGAAGGUCCACGUUGUUGUUGCAUAAUGGUGCGACUUGAAAAAGACAGUUGGAAAGUGUCUCUAUACAAAUUGUUGAACUGCUGAUUCAUGCCAAUAUAUAAAGAUCAAUAACUGUAAAUUAAAAUGGUUUCCUUUUUGUCGUAUUUAUAAUAAAACAAACAAAACAAAA